AGUCAUAUCUUCAGCGACCCCGAAUGGGCCCCAAACAAAUGUGCUUCUCAAAUCUCCCUCCAAGGUUUUCUGAAAACCUGGCAGCCCUGCUUGUGGGUGACGUGUCCGGGCAGUAUUUUGCCAAAAACUUGGAACAAAAGAACACUUCAGUAUUAAGUUUAGAAGCAUGUUAUCAUAGCUUCAACUUGUUAGUGGUUUAUUUGAAGUAACCCCUGCUUGGGCCUCAAUUUAACUGGAUGUCCUCAAAAUAAAGAUUGUAGGAUUGUCCUUUUGGUAACAUAAUUGGAAGGAUUUGGGGUCAGUCAGUGCACAAUUCUAUUGGCCAUAAUCACCAGCUGCACAAAUUGCUUGCGUGCAGUUGAUAAUAUUGCUUGCAUACAGUUCUGCCAACUAGGCCUGCUGCUCUAUACGCCCCUUACAUACUUUAUGGAUCCCUUCAUACUAAGAUGUAUUGAUGUGCAUCAUGAAAAGUUUGAAAAUGUGCUUACAAUCACGUUCAACUGACAAUCUUUUAGGCUGCAGAAGAGCCGAGGUGAUUCCGAUUCAAGUUGACGAUCGAGCCAUCUAUUUGUCACUUGAUGUUGCGCCAUGUUAUAGUUUGAUGGAAGAAACGUUUGUGCAAUGGGAGAUCCUUUCAUGGAAAAAGUUGAUAUUUAUUUGCUACAUCAGGCAGAAACUGAUGUAAAUCUUUAUGUUGGCACCGCUCCAGACUGGACAUGAUGGCCGGUUUCCGGGAUUUACUGAUGCUUUGUGAUGAUUUGGUUAAGCCUUUAAUCCCUCUUUAUCAGAAAUAUUCCCUCGUCUCUCCCCGAACAUUUCCCGAGAGAGAGCAACCUUCUCUUCUCGUCGGAAUCAACUAUUUAUCUGGAACAAAACAUCAACCUAUAUUCUACCUGAACACAGUGCAGCGAUGGUUUGCUGUCAUUUUUUCUACCAGCCCUGAACAUAGUAUUUUCGUAAAAAAAAAAAAAAACAUUCGGCAUAAACGCGAUGUUGUGUGCAGCGGUUAAGCUACUGCCCCUGCUUUUCAUCUCCAUCUUGGGCUCCACGUCGUGUCCUGAUCGCUGCCGCUGCUUCAUCUCCUCUGAUCUGGUUGACUGCCAGUCAAGAGAGCUGACCCGCAUCGCCCCGGAUGUCCCAGAGGGGACAUGGCUGCUGGACUUCAGCAGAAACCGGCUGACGGAGGUACAGAGCAACGCUUUCAUCGGACUGUGGUCACUCAGAAUCCUCCUGCUGUCCAACAACAGCAUCGAAGCAUUGGAACCCCAGUCUCUAUCAUCCCUGCAAUUUCUGGAGAUCCUGGACCUGAGUUUCAACCGACUGCAACAGCUCCCCGGGGACUUCUCCCAGAGCCUGGGCUCCCUCCUGGAGCUGCGUCUGCGCCACAACCUCCUGCAGCACCUGUCCCCCCCAGCCAUGGACAAGCUCGAGAACCUCAGGAAGCUGGACCUCAGCCACAACGCCCUCCAGACCAUGGAUGCCGGGCUGUUGAAUGCCCUGGGGCACCUCCGGUACCUCAACCUGGAGGGGAACAAGCUGGACGCCCUGGAGGACCACCUGCUCACCCGGCAGCAGAGGCUGGAGGUGCUGCACCUCGGCCACAACAACAUCUCCCUGAUCGAGAGCGAGGCGCUGGCCCCGCUGCGCAGCCUCAACCUACUGGGGCUGAGGGGCAACCGGCUGGAGCACGUCCACUUCAGAGUGUUCCUGGGGCUGCGCGCCUCCUCCUCCACCUACCUCCAGCUGGCCCUCAACCCCUGGACGUGCGACUGCGAGUUGCACCGCGUCUUCAGCAAGAUCCAGCACGUGCGCUAUCUGAAGGUGGAAGACUACAAGGAGAUCGUGUGUGAGGGCCCGGGCCCAUUGGCAGGGGCCUCCCUGGCCCUCAUGGACAGCCAGCUGUGUGUGGCCGAGACGUCCGCGGUCCUGGUCAUCACCAUCACCGUGGUGAUGGGUGUCAUCUGCGCCCUGGUCAAGGCCAAGCGCAACAGCAGUAGCAAGCAGUCUGUGAGUGAGAGUGAUGCACAAGCACUGGAGAAGUGAAGUGCGUCCUGGAGGAGGUGGGAAGGGACUGCAGAGAGGGGGACUGAUUGUUUGUCAGGGGGUCAGAUGAUGGGAUUUAUUCACCUAGCAACCAUCUGGGUUCUAAGCGGUAACUGAAUGUGGAAUUAUGCGUUCAGUUCCCCUACCCAGCGAGUGUUUAGAACCCGCAAGGUGAUUAGGGUCCAUGGUGUGGCUGGGAUUAGAUUUUUGGGGGAUCUGAGCUCGGUUAUGAGAAAGUGUUUUCAUAAUUAAGCAUUUGUUGCAUAUGAAAAAUUUCCAUUAAUAUAACAUUAAUCUCUUUCUCCUUUAACCAAAUAAUCCAUGUUAUGUUAUGACUUUUGUGUUGUAUUUGAGCAGGGCUUCUGAACCGUGUUGUCAUCUUACAUUUGUUCCAUACUUCCACAGACUAUUAGUGGUCAACUCACCUAAUUUUUCAAUCCUAUUGCAUUUCCAUACCGUUUAAUUUUAACUGACCCGUUUAUUUUCCUUCUAGAGAUUUUCACCUUACCGUACAUGAUACAGUACAUUAUUGUAGCCGAGCAGCUGCUAGAAAAAGUUUCAUGAUCUUUUAAAAAGAAAAUGCAACCACAUAUUACA